AUGGAUCUUUCUAUUACUACCAACAAAAAUCCAGGAGUUGAGGCUGGUCCCUCGUUUUGGGGGUGGCGUACGCUUACGCUUUGCUGCAUGCUGCUUCCGUUUUAAGGCUUGGCUUUGUAGUUUCUGUUCACAAAAACGACUUGAUCUGGGACCUUGACAAAGGCGAGGACUCUUACUUUCUUAACAAGCUCGUCGACUUGUUUUCCGUCUCCACUAUAGCCCCGAGCGCUUGUCUCUUUGUAGAGGAGACCACUCCUUGAGUAAGUAUCCUAUUCCUAAGCAACUGCGGUAUAGUUUGUAAGCAACGUCCACACUCAUCUAAGUAGACUUGCUAGAUGUCUCAUCUACAACAUAUACUUGAAUCCUUCUACUCUAAUCUUACCUGCUCUUUUGUUUGGUUGACAUCGGCACCGGCGGCUCCGUUGUGAGCGGAGCUGUGGAGUAUGUCCUCACUGCAG